AUGUAUUUCAUCAGAAUAAUUAGAUCCAGCACAAAACUCGGGACUAAAUAUCAAUACACAAUAACAAGCCCGCAUUCAAGGCGCACACCAAAGCAAACGCGCAGUGCUACAACAACUGGCAUAGCCAAAACAAGCGUUUUUGUCAGGGAAAGAGGGUACUGCUAG